AGGUAUAUAAGUUUACCGAUUUUAGGAUUUCAAAUGGACAAAAUUUUGAAGCUACUGAUUUUAUGCGUCGCAUGCGCUUGUUCAUUCUCUGCACUGAGAUGUGCCGCAAGAGCCGAUCCUCCAUUAGCAACAAAUGAGGACCCCGUUAAAUUUACUACUAAAGAUGCCACUUCAAAAAGCUACAAGCAGUUCAUAGAUGCGCUUCGAGGGAGACUAAUGGGUGGGCUGAUACAUGAGAUACCUGUGCUUCGAGAUCCAACAUCAGUGGAAGAAAGACAUCGAUAUAUUACAGUCGAACUCUCAAACUCGGACACGGAAUCUAUCGAAGUAGGUAUCGAUGUGACUAAUGCAUAUGUUGUAGCAUACCGAGCAGGAACUGAGUCCUAUUUCCUCCGUGAUGCCCCAGCAUCUGCAUCUACUUACCUUUUCACUGGCACGAACUAUCACUCACUUCCUUUUAAUGGUACUUACGGUGAUCUAGACAGAUGGUCUGAUCAGACUAGAGAGCAAACUUACCUAGGUUUAGAGGCCUUGAGACAUGGGAUAUCAUUUCUACGAGGUGGUGCCAAUGACAAUGAAGAAAGAGCUCAUAUCAUGAUCGUGAUAAUCCAAAUGGUUGCAGAAGCAGCUCGAUUUAGGUACAUAGCAAACCGGGUUGGUGUCAGCAUCCGGACGGGUACGGCAUUUCAACCAGAUCUUGCCAUGUUAAGUUUGGAGAACAAUUGGGAUAAUCUGUCUGGAGGUGUUCAACAAUCCGUGCAGGAUACUUUUCCAAAUGCGGUCACCUUAAGAAGUAUUACUGACCGACCUGUUAUCGUAGAUUCCUUUUCACACCCAACAGUUGCAGUUCUAGCAUUGAUGCUUUUUAUCUGCAAUCCCCCAAAUGCAAACCAAUCACCUCUGUUAAUAAGAUCAAUUGUGGAAAAAUCAGACACGUGCAGUCCAAUUGAACCAACCGUGCGCAUUGGUGGUCGAGAUGGAAUGUGUGUGGAUGUCUCGAACAAUGCCUAUAACAAUGGCAAUUCUAUCAUAAUGUGGAAAUGCAAAGACCAGCUUGAAGAGAACCAGCUGUGGACCUUGAAACGUGACAAGACGAUAAGGUCCAAGGGGAAGUGUUUAACCACUUAUGGUUAUGCUCCAGGAAAUUAUGUCAUGAUAUAUGAUUGCAAUUCAGCAGUACUUGAGGCCACUUAUUGGGAAAUAUGGGACAAUGGAACCAUUAUCAAUCCAAGGUCAGGCUUGGUCUUGAGUGCUGAAUCUAGUAGCAUGGGAGGGACACUCACCGUGCAAACGAACGAUUACCGAAUGCGACAGGGGUGGCGUACAGGCAAUGACACAAGCCCUUUCGUAACUUCAAUCGUUGGGUAUUUGGAUCUCUGCAUGGAAGCUCACGGAAGUAAAGUGUGGGUGGCUGACUGUGACAGCAACAAGAAAGAGCAGCAAUGGGCACUUUACCCAGAUGGUUCUAUACGUCCAGUGCAAUCUACAAACAACUGUUUAACUUCUGGAGCACACGACCAAGGAGUUACCAUUGUCAUUAUGGGUUGUAGCAAUGCAUGGGCUAGCCAACGAUGGGUGUUUAAAAACGAUGGUACCAUUUAUAGUUUAUUUGACGACAUGGUGAUGGAUGUGAGACAAUCUAAUCCAAGUCUUAAAGAGAUAAUACUUUGGCCGUACACUGGUAAACCUAACCAGAUAUGGCUUACUGCGUUUUAGGGGCUUCCCGCCUAACCAAAUGCUGUCUGCCUCUAUAAUGUCUAAAUAAGUGACGGUAUCUAUCGUUGUGCAAAAACAGUCAUGAGCUUAUGCUGCCUUGCAAUGGUUUUAGUAAUGAGAAUCUAGAUUGCUUCAAAUCAAAACAUUUUAGAAUCUAACCAGUUAAAUCGAUAAAAUUGGAAAGCUAAAAUCAUAAUCAGAAAAUCGAAAUAUAAAGCUAGAUACCAAGGGAUUCAGUUUCAAAGCAAUACAAGAAGAUCAGUGAAUAUUUUUAGUCACCAAAUAAUUUUUUGUCAUUAUAGUAACUAAUUUAAAGAUCGAAUGUAUUAUUUAUAUACUCAUUGAGCGAUCGACCACUUUUCUUAGAAAAUUAGCGACCAAAAUAAACCUAAAUACAAAAGAUUCAAUUCCAAGGCUAGUCCUUCAUUCUUCCAUUUAACAAAUUAUGUAGCAAACUGAGUAUAAUCUUAACAUAACUAGUUCCUUCACAUCAAAAUUACAAAAUUAAAAUUUACACAAAGUAAUCUACAAUAAACUUACAAUUAAUAUAAAUCUUGGAUAUAUACACUAGCAACCCUUCUAACAUGGAAAAAAGAACUCAAGAAAAAAAGAAUUAAGGAAGGUAGGGCCUACUCUAGCCAAUUUUAAAGGAAAUGUAGAAUUUCCAUUGCAAUUAAUAUCUCUCAUUAAAAAAUGCAUAUCCACGGAUAAUUUGAAUGUCAUAUUUAGUCUAGUCCAUAGUUUUGUUAAGAGGUGUAAGACCACCUAAUAAUGGACAGAAAUGAUUUAUUUGAAUUUUAAU